GUGUGCGUUUAUUAGAAGAAUAAAAAUAUCUGUGUCUAAGCCUACUUACGAGACUCUCUUUCUCUCUUUCUCUUUCUCUCUCUUUCUAAUCGCAAAAGCUCCCAACGCAGAGAGUCUCUCAGACUCACAUCUUCUCCGAUCCCUCAUCGUCUUGGUUUAUGAGCUCGAAGGAGAGACCCACUCUUGGUGGUACGCGGAUUAAGACCCGCAAACGGAACAUUGCAGCGCCGCUGGACCCUGCAGCGUUUUCGGAUGCAGUGGUCCAGAUUUAUUUGGAUAAUGCUGGUGAUCUGGAACUUAUCGCUAAGAGUCUUGAAUCUGCAGAUCUUAAUUUCUCAAGAUACGGUGACACCUUUUUUGAGGUUGUUUUCACAGGGGGGCGUACACAACCUGGAACAACCAAACCUGAUGAGGGGGAGCGCCACCCUUACUCUAUAAUAGACUGUGAGCCUACACGAGAACUCAUUUUACCAUCUGUAAUCUACAUACAGAAAAUUUUACGGCGGAAGCCAUUUCUCAUAAAAAAUCUUGAGAAUGUCAUGCGAAGAUUCCUGCAGUCCUUGGAGCUUUUUGAGGAAAAUGAGAGGAAGAAGCUGGCAAUUUUCACGGCACUUGCUUUCUCCCAGAAGUUAUCAGGUCUUCCACCGGAGACCGUGUUCCAGCCACUGCUCAAGGAUAAUCUUGUGGCCAAAGGGCUAGUUCUUUCUUUUAUAACUGACUUCUUUAAGGAGUAUCUGAUUGAUAAUAGCCUUGAUGAUUUGAUUUCUAUACUGAAGCGGGGUAAAGUGGAGGAAAAUCUUCUGGACUUCUUCCCAUCUGCAAAACGGUCCCCUGAGGGUUUCUCAGAGCAUUUCACGAAGGAAGGGUUGGUACCUUUGGUUGAGUACAAUGAGAAGAAAAUAUUUGAAGUGAAACUUAAGGACAUGAAAUCUGCUUUAACAACCCAGAUAACGGAGGAGGUUGACAUAUCCGAAGUCAUAGAAACUGUGAAGCAGCGUGUUAAAGAUGCUAAGUUGCCAGACAUCGAGGUUGUGAGGAUUUUGUGGGAUGUCAUAAUGGAUGCUGUUCAGUGGUCUGGAAAGAACCAGCAGCAAAAUGCUAAUGCAGCUCUACGCCAGGUGAAAACAUGGGCGACACUGUUGAAUACUUUCUGCACCAAUGGGAAACUUGAGCUGGAACUCAUGUACAAAGUUCAGAUGCAAUGCUAUGAGGAUGCUAAGCUCAUGAAGCUGUUCCCUGAGAUUGUGAGGUCUCUCUAUGAACAGGAUGUACUGGCAGAAGACACCAUUCUUCACUGGUUCCGCAAAGGAACAAACCCCAAGGGCAGGCAAACCUUUGUGAAGGCCCUGGAGUCCUUUGUGAAUUGGCUGGAGGAGGCUGAAGAAGAGGAAUAAGGUGCAGUGGCUGCAGCUGAUGGCGUUGUAAUCCACAUCCUCCUGCAAGCUAAAUUUUCAAUCUAAUAUCUGUCAAUUGUCUGAGAUUAUCAAAACUCAUAAACUCCAAAAACCUGUUUUUUUUCACUUUGGUGUGCCUAUUGAUGAUGAUACCAUAGAACCAUAUGGAAUGGUUUAUUAUUUGUAAUAAUCAAUUCCACUAUGUACUCUUAGCGAGAUGUUCUGUUUUUUCCUGCUUGCUUUCUGGCUUUCAAUGUAAAGCUUUGGUUCAAAUAAAAUGGGAAGUCAAUUUCUCGGUCAAAA